AUACCAGCAAGCAACCAAUACGCACGCCAAAAUACUCAGUUUUCAAACUCCAUAAAAUAAAAUAUCCCGAUUCCAAAAAAUAUCUAUCGCCUCGGGGAAUUUUUCGACAGCCACCGGCGGUGUUCAUCUCCGGCGAUCAUUACACUUUUACCAAUUCCAAAUGGAAAAGAAGAGAGAGAGGGAUCCAAGUAUGUGGUGGACAAACGAGAGGCACAUGGACUACUUGAAUUCAAUGGAGGAUUCGUUCGUCCAAACCAUGCUUAAAAACAACGGUUCCUUACUCCGGCUCGAUCGGUAUGUGCCGGAUAGUUCAGAGUCAACCCUUGACUUGAAAUUAUCGGAGAGGAGAAGGAGAAGGAGGCAUUCUACCUCAUCAGAUAUUCUUCACAUUCCCUACCCAAAGACAAGGACUGACAUGAAAACGAAAAGACCAUCAUCUCAGCCCCACACUUGUUCAUCUCAAGAUCAGGUGGUCCCUCAACUUGCAUGAAAUGGAUUAGUGGAUAACGGCGAGAGAGGCCAUGUGCGUGUUCCCUCAUCACUUUCGUGGCGCCUGCAGACAACUAAUGGCAGAGAUGCUUGUUGCAGUGGUUGAAUUGUUACUACUAAUCGAAGUCAUUGUAAUAGCUAGCUAGCUAGUAGUUCUGGACUAUUAGGCAAAUAACUGGCGAUUUGUGUGACAAACUAUUAAUGCUUACAUUGGAGGAUGUCAUGGAGAUUUCUAGCUCCUUCACAAUUUUACUUGUCAAUGAUUUGUCAUGCCGUUUAGUACUUUUACUUCAAACCAAUAUGGUAAGUGAUUUGUGAAAGAAAUUUCGAAAAUCUACAGACAAUUGGAUCUAUCCCAAUAACUAUUUCAUUAACUUCCAUAAAUUGGUUUAAGUGAAGAUCAACCGCAUUUGAAAUGGAAGGUCUGAAGCUCUGAGUAUGACAAGAACUAAAACAGAAUGGCGGAUGUAGGUUGUUUCUUUGGCCUGCUUGCACUCAGAAAACACAAGGAGACACUUUUCAUUGAGAAUGGCUAGAAAGCACUCUAAUGCCCGAGUCACUAUAUUUCGAAAGAGAAGUUACCCAGCAACUUGGUUGCCGAUACCCAAUAACUUUUUAGCCGUCACCCAGCAUUACCCGGCAACUUGGUAGCCGUUACCCAGUAAUUGGUUGCCGUUACCUAACAACUUUUUAGUCGUCAAGUAAUCCCAGUAACUCUAAGUUGAAAUAAGGUAUUGAGCUGCCUCAAUUCUAGGUACGAUGAUCUACUUAAUGAGUUUAUACUCGGCUUGCAAGUUUCUCCAUUUUUUCCAACUCCUGAAGCCUUCGCUGAUUAUGAGUUGAUCAUAGGACGCGAAAUAUUCUCAUUCUUACGUGUAAUGUUUGGACGCGCUGAAUUCUAAUGUAACGCCGGUUUAAGUGGGCAAGUGGUGCCACCUCAACUCCACCCAUCUGAUGUUCGUCGAGCUGCCCGAAAUGGGGUUUAGCCUUCCCUUGUCUAUUUUGAUCUCCCUCGGUUUUCUCUCUCAUUUUAUUUUCCUUUGAUCCAUUGUUGCUUGGAAUAACUUAGUUCACAUUGUGGGCUAGCAUUUUGUGCCUACAACCCCCAAAAGAGGGUGUAAACCCACAAUUAAAUACUAGCCGCGUAAAACAUACAAAAAGUCCGGGAACACAACUCCGAACAUAACCGUAUCCAGAGCUCAUAUACAUUGAGCCGCUCCGGAUGUAGUUAUGCCGGGAGUUGUGUUUGCAACAAUUGACUAAAGUGAUGAUGCCAUGAGCAAGUGAAUUUUUAUACACUCGUUAAAACAGAGAGGCAACUAGAAGCAAAUCUUUUACUAUUAUACAAAAGCAUUCCAAUCACUGCUAAAUAACCAGCUGAUCUUCUCACUCUAAAUUGGUGUGUCGAGCUCGAACUGCCUCAGGCCCUUCCCCCAAAACCUCACCCAGCUUAAAAACCACCAUCUCAAACAACACAAACAGAGCCCCUUCGUAUAGACUCCCCAUCGGAAGCAGCGGCCGGGAUUCUCCCGCUUCAUCGUCCGCCAUAGUCUGCGCCGGAACAUGACCGACUACGCUCGCGUACGCCACAGACGAUCCGGACUCGGGCUGAGCUGUGAGCAACAACACGCGGGCGCCGCUGGAUCGAGCCACGCCGCAGAUCGCAUCGACGGUGGAGAACCCGCCGGGCCCCGCCGAGGCGAUCAGGAGGUCGCGGGGGGAAAUUGGGGGGGUGGUCAUGUCGAAGAUGCAGUGGGCCGAGAGGCUCAGGUGGGCCAGUCUCAUGCAGAGGGCUUUCAGCAUGAGGCCCUCCCGGCCCACUCCGUAUACGAAGAUCUUGCCGUUACGGGCGGCGGCGCAGGAGAUUUCUUCAACUAGGAUGUCGAGAGGUGGUGGUGUGGUGGUGGGGUUGGUGAAGACGGAGCUUAUCUGAUUGCAUAUUUGGGAGGCUAAGGUUGACAUUGUUUUUCUCUC